AUGGCUGUUUAUAUUGGAUUAACAAGUGGAGGAUUGCCUACUUUUAUCGAUGUUGGGAAUAGUUUCCGUGCGCCUGCUAUUGUUGAAGAUAACUUCCAUCAAUAUCAGAAAGUCAUCGUUAUAUUGGAGAGUCAGGCUGACCCAGGUGGUUUGCAUGAGAAUACUGUGCUUAUCGUAAUGGGUGACCAUGGACAGACAUUAAAUGGGGAUCAUGGAGGAGGGACUGCUGAAGAGGUAAAAAAGAAGAAGACGAAAAGCAGGAAAGCUAUGGAACCAAAAAAGACGAAAAGCAGGAAAGCUAUGGAACCAGCUGGAGCUCAAGAUCCCGGGUCUGUGCGGAAUGACGGCAAUGUCGUCUCUUUAGAUGAAAAGAUAUCGAUAAUGUUGAACGUGGUGAAGGUAGUAUUGUUUCUGCUCGGAGGGACGGAACGAAAGGACGAGGAAGCCGCAAUUGUUGAUAUCUCUGCCGAAGAGGAGCUAUACAUGCUGCGAAACCUCACCAAGUUCGCGGGAUCCCUCAUUAGAUCACUCUCUCUAAACGAUGUCUUCCUACUCGUGAAAUCGUUUUUCAAACGUUUACAAACCGGCCGGGUCAGGCUCGAAAUAACACUUGAUUAA